AUGGUAAAAGGGCAAAUAGUUCUCGAGCACAAGAUUUUGAAGAAAGGGAUAGAGGUUGACAAGGCUAAAAUUGAGAUGAUUGAAAAAUUACCACCACCUAUUUGUGUAAAAGGUAUUCGGAUUUUCAUGAGUCAUGCAGGGUUCAAUAAGCGAUUGAUCAAGGAAUCCUCUAUAAUUACAAAUCCAUUGAGCAUAUUAUUAGAUAAGGAUAUGAAGUUUGUGUUUGAUGAUGCUUGUCUCAAAGACUAUGAGUGCCUACAAGAGAGCUUGAUUUCUACUUCUAUCAUUGUGCCUCCAGAUUGGACUCUUCCACUUGAGUUUAAAGAGGGGAGAGGAUCAGAGUCAGGUCCUGAUGGGGGUGAAGAAAGAGAAGAAAGUGUCUCCAAAAGCAUGGAAAAUAUUGAAUCUAGAAGUGAAUCAGUACGAAAAGGUUCUGCAUUCAGUUAUGAAGAAGUGAAGGGUAGUGAUAAGGAAGAUCCGAGUGAUAAACCGCCAUCAGAGAUUCCUCCUUCACCAUAG